CAAAUUAUUUCCGUAGUCGAAGGUCAUGUACACCGGUUUGUAUGUUUGUGUGUGUGUUACACAUGACAUGAGUUAUGAAACAAGAUGAUGUAAAUACAGGCUAACAUUGAUUGAAUGUCCUCGCCAUCCUUUACUGGCGUUUACUGCUACUGACGUUUCGACAAAGUUAGUUAUCUGAAGGAGGCGAGAUGAGUGCUUCCUGUUUACUGAACACGGCCGCUAGAAACCUCUUCUCUUCUGGAAUAGCAGGGUUUCUCCGUCCCGGCACAUUGUGUUCCUGCGCUUUCUCAAGACAAAUGACGACGCCAGGAAGGGUUGACCACUUGGACAGAACAGCCAGUAACUUCAGACAAAUGGACGUCUUCCCUGCUCGCGUGUGUGGCAUCAUCAAUGAGUCAGCGUCCAUCCGCAGACUGCGCCUGGAGAUGCCGGACUCCAACUUCAGCUUUAGAGCUGGACAAUGGGUUGAUUUCUUCAUCCCUGGGAUGCAGAAAGUGGGGGGAUUCUCCAUGUGCUCGGCCCCUGGUCUGCUCAGGAGGGAGGGCGUGAUCGAGCUGGCAGUCAAGUUCACAGAGCACCCCCCCGCACACUGGGUGCACACGAAGUGUGUGCUGGGCGCCCAGGUGGCUGUGCGAGUGGGCGGGGACUUCUACUUUGACCCCACCCCUGACGACAGCCCAUUGGACCUGCUUCUGAUUGCGGGGGGCGUGGGGAUCAACCCUCUGUACUCGAUGCUUCUACACGCGGCGGACCUGAAGCGCCACUCACACACACACACCACCGAGCGCACGUACACACCAGGGCACACACACCUCCUCUACAGUGCCAAGAACACACAAGAGCUGCUCUUCAAGAAAUCCAUCACAGAGGUGUGUGAGGAGUUUCCUGAGACAUUCUCCAGCAACUUCCACGUCACGCAGCAGACAGCAGAAAUUGAGCUGGAGCUUCAACCUUAUGUUAAAUAUGGGCGGAUAUCAGAGGCGCAGCUGGAGCAUUGUUUGAGUGAGCGGACGUUCUGUUUCCUUUGCGGUCCUCCGCCCAUGAUCGAGAGCGUGUCGAAUGUUCUGCGCUCAAAGGGCCUCUCCGAGGAUCGCAUCCGCUAUGAGAAGUGGUGGUAGAACGUUCCUAGAACCCCUCGAGAACCGGACCACGCCGGACUCACAUCAGACCCAUCUGGGUCAGAACCCUGACCGCUGCUGCCUGCUGCUCUACACUGGAAUCAGGCCAUACCCAACAACAACAACAAUAAAAACACUACGUGUUUCCAUGGAGACCCUCUGGGGACGAUGGACGUGUCCUGAGAUUAUUCUCUGGACGGAAAAUAAGUCCAUGUUUUCACGCACAAUUUUACAUUUGAACAUUUUUCUCCUGCCUUUUCCCUGAGCCUGAGUGCAAUUGAGCUCUCCAGCUUGUAGAGUAUUUUUUUUUUAACCUGGACCUGGGAUUGCCAAUCUAGAGGAGGAAGAGAGGAGAGAACCUCUCCAAGCAGCUUUUAAUCUGUACUUUUAUUCUUUUUAUUUUUAUUACACUCACAAAGCAGAUGCUCAGAUCAGCUCUAUGCUCUUUGUACAGAUAGACUCAUGUGUGCUGUACAGAAAUGAGAGUAAUGUAUUUAUGAAAACAUUGCACAUAGAAAUACAGUUGCUGUAAUGUUGAAUGAACUUUUCCAAGUUGAGUUUUAAAAUAUAAGACAAUUGUGGGGCA